ACAUCGCAGACAUCACAUCUUCGUUCGGCUGGGAUACACAAAUGGAUAUGUAUUUAUUUACAAAGGUUUCAUUUACUUAUUAAAUACAGUAAGAAGCCAUUCACCUGUUCAAAAAUUAUAGUUUGGGUACAAGGUUAUUAAAACAUGGUGAAACAUUUGUGUUGGAAUUUGUAAAUUGAGGGAACCGUGAUAUUUACACAGGACAAUUUUUGGCACAAAAUUAAGUAAUUGACGGCAGUCAUGGAGACGAUAAUUCCAAAAAUGGGAGACAUGAACCUCGAAGAAAUUUCGCUGCUGAGAAAGGCCAUCAUGAACCCGGUGAUCUUGGACAAAAUUUUCUCUCACCUGGAUUUCCUCACCCUGAAGAACUCGGUCCGAUCCGUGUGCACAGUUUGGGCAGAUGUGGGCGCCACCCUUAUCGGGCGGAGGGGACGCAUUGUCUUCUCCGAUUUGGGGGGAAUGACCUCCUUUAAUCCCAACCUGGCUAGGAACAUUUAUCUGAAUCUGACCUCUGCCUGCUGCUGCUGCGUCAGAAAUUGUAAAUGCCAAUCCAAAAAUCCUGCUUGCUUCAGUGUCAUCGUGAUGCCAGAAGUUUCUAAAAUUUUGGCCCGACUUGAAAUCUACACGGAUAAUGUGUACGGACCCAGACUGAAUGAAACUUGGACGGGGUACAACUUCCGGAAUAGAUUGUCCAUCCUGGUUGAGAAAUGGGGGGAUGACGACUUGAUGGGGGCGCCACGAUUUCUGCCCCUCCCAAAUUUAAGGUCGCUCAGCUUCCAGGGUAGGGAUUCACUUCCUAAUAAGGAAAACUCAGCAGGGGAGGUCACAAUUUUCCAGGGGAUUCUAAACUCUACCCCCAACUUGGAAGAGGUCGCCAUAACGGCCAACUUCUAUCCAGAUUUCGCACCCUGUACAAAGUUAAAGAUCUUGAAGUACAAGAGCAUCUGCGGGCAAACAAGUGGAAAAUCUGCAGACAAGUUCCCACUUUCCGAAAUGCUGGCCAAAUGUCCGAAUUCAUUAGAAAAGUUUACCCUGGGCGUUUGGGAGGAACCUGUAGGACAAUGUGUUCCUGUGGCGAAUUCAGAGAUUUUGUCCUUUGGCCUCCUCAACCUUUCCCACCUUGUGAUCAAAGCUGCCGAAUUGUACGAAAUUGAGGACAUCUCACGCCUCCCAAAACUGACCCAUUUAACUCUAAAGACAGUCACCUACGGGGUCAGCAUGUCGAAAAUGUUUCAAAAUUAUCACUCCCGCCACAAAGGGAUAACCCGGCUCGAAUUGGAAUUCAUGCCCUCUGAGGACGAGCAGGAUACCCAAGCUGCAGAAAAAAUAGUGAAACUGUUCCCAGGCGUGACCCAGUUUAAGAUAAAUUUAGAUGGUGCGCAGAACUUAGCGAAAACGAUGCGACCCUUCAGAGCCUGGAGGCUGGCAAGUGGAGAGGUUAAUAUUGAAGAGGUGAAGUCUGCCGAUGUCGUGGCCGCCGUGUUGGAAGGACUGGCGGAGUGGCGAGGUUUGCGAAAUACGAAACUUGUCUUUCGAGAGACUUAUCAAGGUUUCAUCCUCCAGAUGUCUGACCGUGUGAGGGAUGCACUCGUUUUGUGCAGUUCGAUUAGUAAUAUUCAUCUCGGGAUUCCGAUGGACAAGGAGACCCGAACCGAUUUGAAUGCGUUCAUCGCAAAGUACAAUUUGCCAAUUUCCUUCUAAAUUAGCUCCUGUCAUGCGUAUGUAAAGGGUGUUUUUUUUUUAAAUUCGUCCCGCAUUUUACUACAUUUUUGAAAACUUUUAACUCAAAAUCGACAAAAACUUGGGUUCUUCUGGUGGAUCUUGUGAUGCUCAAGAUUAGAACCUACAGUGUCGGACAAAAUUGAACGUCCACUUUUUUAUGCCGAACUAAAAUUGAUAUAGCGACUGAACUAUUCUACCAAUCUCACCGUUCUUGACAUCAAAUUGUACACCCAUUAAUACUCUUUCGAAAUCAGUAAUCAGAUAUUAUAUUUCCAUUUGGGGAGAUGUGAGAAAAAAAUCUUGAAAAUUAAAAGUGAAAAUUAACGCGUCAAAA